AUGGCCGUGCNGGAACUCGCGCAGCAGAAAGACGCUGUGGAUCGGCUGGUCAAGGCCAUGCCGUUCAACGAAAACAAGGCCGGUGAACGCGGUCUGGACGGCGGCCACGCCCCCGAGGAAGGCGCGCACCGCGCCCCCGAUGUGGACACCGCCGGUGCGAGCACCCUGAGCGAAACCAUCACCUCGCCCAAACUGGGCGAAGACGAACCCCCGCUGGGUUUCAACCCGACCAACGAUUCGCUGGACCGGGUGCGCGUGGAUUCCAGCGGCCAGGCCAUCACGACCAACCAGGGCGUGCCGGUGGCCGACAACCAGAACUCGCUCAAGGCGGGUCUGCGCGGCCCCACGCUCAUGGAAGAUUUCAUCCUGCGCGAGAAGAUCACCCACUUCGACCACGAACGCAUUCCGGAGCGCGUGGUGCAUGCGCGGGGAUCGGGUGCCCACGGUUACUUCGAAGCGAGCGCGGACCUCUCCGACAUCACCAAGGCCGACCUGUUUUCCGAAAGCGGCAAACGCACGCCGGUCUUCGUGCGCUUCUCCACCGUGGCGGGUGAACGCGGCUCGGCCGACACCGUGCGCGACACGCGCGGCUUCGCCGUGAAGUUCUACACCGACGACGGCAACUGGGACCUGGUGGGCAACAACAUCCCGGUGUUCUUCAUCCAGGACGCGAUGAAGUUCCCCGUCGUUCACGCGGUCAAGCCCGAGCCGCACCACGGCAUGCCCCAGGCCAGCAGCGCCCACGACACGUUCUGGGACUUCAUGUCGCUCAUGCCGGAGUCCAUCCACCACACGAUGUGGGUGAUGAGCGACCGCGGCAUCCCGCGCAGCUACCGGACCAUGCAGGGCUUCGGCGUGCACACCUUCCGACUGGUGGACGCCCGCAACCAGUCGGUGUUCGUGAAGUUCCAUUGGCUGCCUGCUGCGGGCACCCACUCGCUCGUGUGGGACGAAGCCGCGAAGAUCGCCGGCGCCGAUCCCGACUACCACCGCCGCGAUCUCUGGGAAUCGAUUGAAUCCGGCAUGUUCCCCGAGUACGACCUGGCCAUCCAGGUGUUCUCCGAAGAAGACGCCGAGCGCUAUUCGUUCGAUGUGCUGGACGCCACCAAGCUCGUGCCCGAAGAGCUGGUGCCCCUGCGCGUGGUCGGGCGCAUGGUGCUCAACCGCAACCCCGACAACUUCUUUGCCGAAACCGAGCAGGUGGCGUUCUGUGCUGCGCAUGUGGUGCCCGGCGUGGAGUUCAGCAACGAUCCUUUGCUGCAAGGCCGUCUGCACAGCUACAUCGACACCCAGCUCACCCGGCUGGGCGGUGCCAACUUCCACGAGAUUCCGAUCAACGCGUCGGUCGCCGAGGUGCACAACAACCAGCGCGACGGUCUGCACCGCCAGGCCAUCCACCGCGGGCGCGCGGCCUACGAGCCCAACUCGCUGGCGGGUGGCUGUCCGUUUCAGGCGGGCGCUGCGGGCUUUGUGUCGUUUCCCCAGCCCGUGUUCGAGGACAAGGUGCGCGGCAAACCCGAAAAAUUUGCCGACCACUAUUCACAAGCCCAGCUGUUCUGGCGCAGCCAGACCCCGGUGGAAAAGCGCCACAUCAUCGCGGCCUUCCGCUUCGAGCUGUCGCGUGUGACCGUGGGCGCGGUGCGCCGGCGCGUGGUUUCGGUGCUGAUGAAUGUGGACGCCGAGCUGGCCAACGGCGUGGCCCUGGGCCUGGGUCUGAAGGACAUGCCGCCCGCACAGCCCAAGGCCAUCGAGAUCGACCAGGACCUGCGUGACGACGUGGAAGCGUCUCCGGGACUCUCGCUGUUCUCGCGUCCCGGCGAAACGGGCGCGGGUGGCCGGCGGGUGGCGGUGCUGAUCAACGACGGUGUGGAUGUGACCGCCCUGGGGACCGUGAAGAGCGCCCUGAGCAACGCGGGAAUCGUGCCGCGCUGGAUCAGCGCCCGCCUGGGUGAAGUCGCCACGUCCGACGGGAAACAGGUGGCGGUGGAAGGCACGCUGGAGGCCAUGCCCUCGGUGCUGUGGGACGCGGUGGUCGUGCUGGCCACCGGGCCAACGCUCAUGCCCGAGCAGGUUGAUGGUCAGAUGGCCGAGUUUCUGAAAGACCAGUACCGCCAUUGCAAGCCCAUGUUGCUGCUGGGUUGGACGAGCGAUCAG